UCUAGUUAUAAUUAUUCCAACAAAAUGAAAGCCACUUUGUGUGUACUCUCGGUAGUUUCGCUGUGCCUCGCUUUUGCGUCCAGUGCGGUAGUUGAGGAUGGGGACUUCGCCCAACCCGCCAUCUUCAAGACGUAUUAUUCGUCCUGCAAGGCUCUGAACCCCAAAAAAAGUGGUGUCCAAACGAUAAAAAUAGGAAAAGACAAGGUUGAUGUCUUCUGUGACUCCACGAUUGCCGGAAAGGGCUGGCAGGUCAUCCAACGGCGGGUCAGUUCCGAGGAGAACUUCUUCCGGAAUUGGACCACCUAUGAGUCGGGAUUCGGUGACCUCAAGGGCAACUACUUCCUGGGCCUCAGCUUGCUGAACAGGCUUACCACCCAAGAGCCCCAGGAACUUUACAUUCAAAUGGUGGACUUCAAUGGCACCGCCCAGUACGCACAAUACAGUCUAUUCACUGUGGCCGACAAGUACAGUAAUUACACGCUAAUCCAACUGGGCUCCUACAAUGGAACUGCUGGGGAGAGUCUCAGCUAUCAUUUGGGAAUGCCUUUCAGUACCUUUGACAAGGAUAACGAUCGUAGUAACAUUAAUUGUGCCGCCAAAUAUUUUGGGGCCUGGUGGUACAACGACUGCAUGGCCAGUAAUCUGAAUGGCGCCUAUUUGAAUGGCGAUUUCGUGGACCCUGAACUCUAUGGAAAGGGCAUUUCCUGGGGCAUGGGCAAGGGCUUCUCCUACAGCUACAAAACUGUGACUAUGAUGGUGCGAUCCAAGCUCUAAACUAAUAGAGAAAUUAUUUAAAAUAUUAAGUAAUUUAUUGAAUAAAUCUUAAAUGAGAACUUCAUAUCAGUA